ACCUCAAAACUCAAAGUUAUCACUUUGGGACUAGCCUAGCGUAGUGUGGCAUUUUUUGUUGUAUCCUAUCAUUUAGCAUUAGCAUUGCUCUUACUGAGUGGGGCAUUGUCCAUCGUGUGUAGGGUACUUAGGCUUUACAAACUCAGCAUACGGUGGAUUGUCAGACUAUAUUCCGAGAACUGAAAUAUCUUUUCAUUGAGGGAAAAAUAAACAUUAAUCAUGCCACUUACAUGCCGCUUUUACAAAGAAAAAUAUCCAGAAGUGGAAGAUGUAGUAAUGGUGAAUGUACGAAGUAUAGCAGAAAUGGGAGCUUAUGUACAUUUACUGGAGUAUAACAAUAUAGAAGGAAUGAUCUUACUCUCUGAACUUUCAAGAAGACGUAUCAGAUCUAUUAAUAAACUUAUUAGAGUGGGAAAAACAGAGCCAGUAGUUGUUAUUCGAGUUGACAAAGAAAAGGGUUACAUUGAUUUAAGUAAGCGGCGAGUAUCUCCUGAAGAUGUGGAGAAGUGCACAGAAAGGUUUGCUAAAGCAAAAGCUGUCAACUCCAUCCUUAGGCAUGUUGCUGAGCUGCUUCAUUAUGAGAGCAAUGAACAGUUGGAGGAGCUGUACCAGCGCACAGCCUGGCUCUUCGAGGAGAGGUUAAAGAAAAAAGCAUCUGCCUACGACUUCUUCAAACAAGCUGUUCUAGAUCCUUCAAUACUGACGGAAUGUGGCCUUGAUGAAAAGACUCAAGAAGUUCUGUUGAAUAACAUCAAAAGAAAACUGACCUCUCAGGCUGUCAAAAUACGAGCGGAUAUAGAAGUGGCGUGUUAUGGUUAUGAAGGAAUUGAUGCAGUGAAAGCGGCCCUGAAAGCUGGGUUAGCUUGUUCUACAGAGGAUCUGCCCAUUAAAAUCAACUUGAUCGCACCUCCUCUCUAUGUAAUGACCACAGCAACACCUGAGAAAGCGGAUGGAUUGGUAGCUCUGCAAACUGCUAUAGAGGAGAUUGAAAAAACCAUCAAAAACAUGGGAGGAGUUUUUCAGAUUCAGAUGGCUCCUAAAGUGGUGACAGCCACAGACGAGGCAGAAUUGGCUCGGCAGAUGGAACGGGCUGAGGCAGAGAAUGCUGAGGUGGCAGGAGAUGAUGACGAGGAAGAUGAAAAUGGAGAGGGAGACGCAGAAGUCGAUGCGCCUAGCGCGGACGAGGGGGAAGAUGAAGACUAAAUCCUACCUGUUUAUAUAUACUUUUAUAUGAUUUUUACAACAUAAAACAAUUUGUUUCCGUUGUA